CUCUGCUGCAGCAUGGCUCCAAAGAAGGUGGAACCAAAGAAGGUGGAGGUGAAGAAGGUAGAAGCAAAGAAGGAGGAGCCCCCACCUCCUGUCAAGCCAGUGGAGCCAGAAACCAAACCUCCAGAGGUGGACCUGAAGAGCAUAGUGGUGGAGUUCUCCCCUGACCAGAUUGAAGAGUUCAGAGAUGCCUUCUCUCUGUUCGACGAGACGCCUGGCGGCGAAAUGAAGAUCACCUACGCUCAGUGCGGUGAUGUCAUGCGGGCGCUCGGACACAACCCCACCAACAGCGAAGUACUGAAGCUGCUGGGGAGGCCCAAGGCUGAGGAGAUGAAUGUGAAGAUGCUAGACUUUGACGGCUUCCUGCCCAUGCUGCAGCACGUAGCCCGGUCCAAGGAGCAAGGCAACUUUGAGGACUUCGUCGAAGGUCUGAGGGUCUUUGACAAGGAGGGUAACGGAACUGUGAUGGGGGCGGAGCUUCGUCACGUCCUGGCCACGCUAGGAGAGAGGAUGACCGAGGAUGAGGUGGACCGUCUCAUGGUGGGACAAGAGGAUGCCAAUGGACAUAUCAACUAUACAGAGUUUGUCAAGCAUGUCCUAGCUGGCUGAACCCAGAGGGAACGUUGGUCCUUCUCCAAUAAA